CAAUGGGUUGCCAUGGCGACGGGCGAGGCCUGCGCGCAGCCCCGAGCCUGGCUCCGGCCUCGGGCCCGGCAGAUGGGGGGUGUCGGGUGAGCGGCUGUCCCGGGAGCAACCAUGCUAAGCCACAGCCCAGGCAUGAUGAACAUUGGAACUAUUGAUGUCUAUUUGAACAAGUAUGGGGCCAACCUCCAGACGGUGGUGUAUAGUGAAGAGGAGCAGGAGAAUGAAGCCUGGAGGAUGUACAUGGAGAGGAAGAAUGUCGUGCUGGAGUUCCUGCACUCAGACCUGAGCCUCCACCUGCUCAAGCGCCACCACAAGAGGAUUGAGCUCCUGAAAAAGUGCUCCUACUACAUUGAAAUCCUGCCUAAGCACUUGGCCCUGGGAGAUCAGAACCACCUGAUGCUCCCCACCACCAUGUUCCAACUGAUAGACCCCUGGAGGUUCCAGAGGAUGAAGAAAGUGGGGACCAUCCAAACCAAAAUCCAGCUGCUGCUCCUGUCUGACCUGUUGGAAGAGCUGGAGAGAGGUCGGGAGGAGCUGGUCCACUUCCUGGAGACCUACGACAUGAUGACUUUCCUCUCCAGAUGGGAUGCUGUCAAACCAAGGCUGUCGAGUCUCUCUGAGCAGAUGGAUUAUUUCCUUGCUAUGCUGGUACCUGGGAGGCUGUACGUCAAGCACCGCCUGGUAUCGGACGUCGGGAUUACCAAGAUCCCUCACAUCAGGCUUGUCCUGAGCACAAAGAUGCCCGUGAUGUUUGACCGGAGGGAGUCGGUGGCUCACGAGGACUGGGUGAGUCUCAAGUGGUUCGUUACCAGCCAGCAGCCGCAGCUCGAACAGUACGAACUCAGCUUUAAGCUGCUGGAGCCCAGAACGCCCCAAGAGCGAGUCCACUGCGGAAUAAUGCCGGUCACGUCACACACGUGCGAAAUCCACAACCUGUUGCCCGACCGUUUGUACAGGUUCACUGUCAAAAGGGCAGAGACUUACACACUUGUCUAUGAACAGUGGCACGAUUCCAUCCUGCUUAAGACAAAACCGUACCUUGAGGAAGAAAUGGAGACUGCUAUGUCUGAACCCUGACUUUCCCAUCGUAGCAAUUCACAAGGAAUGUAAAAUAAGUCAAAUUAAAAACUUAUUUUUAAAGGUUU